AGUUGGGAAGGAUGGCGGCUGUGGUCUCGAAUGGAAAUGUUGAUUAUAGUAAAAAUAAUUCCUGUAAUAAAAUACAAGAAUGUAAUAUUAAAGAGGAAAAGUUGUUAAAUGGAAAAAACAAUCAUCAAAGUAAUGGUUACGUUAGGUCAACGCUAUUGACGAACGGAGUAGCUAAGGAGAGCUAUGAGGAGGAGAUGCCGUGGGACGGGCGCGGGCCGGUGCCGCGCAUGCAGUGGGCGCGCUACGACACGUGGCCGGGCUCCUUCGAGAAGUGCUCGCUGCUGACGGCGGCGCUCACGCACCUCGGCCUCUACAUCCUCAUGAUGCUCGGCUUCCUCAACCAGCUGCUCUUCAAGCCACGCGGCGCCGUCGAGAGGAACCGCGAGGGGUACGCGCCGCUGUACAACCCGUUCGAGCAGUUCUUCUCGCGCUACGUGUACCGGCGCGUGCGGCACAUCUUCAACCGGCCCAUCUGCUCCGCGCCCGGCGCCACCCUCGUGCUCAAGGAGCGCCAUACCGACGACUACAACUGGACAUUCAGCUGGUCGGGCUCGCGGCGCACGUGCAUCAACCUGGGCUCGUACAACUACCUGGGGUUCGCGGAGGGCGAGGGGCCGGCGGCGGCGGCGGCGGCGGCCGCGGCGCGGACGCUGGGGCUGGCGCUGGGCAGCGCGCGGGCCGAGCUGGGCUCCACGCCGCUGCACCGCGACCUGGAGGACGCCACCGCAGAAUUCCUGGGCGUCGAGGCGGCGAUAGUGUUCGGCAUGGGGUUCGCGACCAACUCGCUGGUGAUCCCGGCGCUGGUGGGCCCGGGCGCGCUGGUGCUGUCGGACGAGAACAACCACGCGUCGCUGAUCCUGGGGCUGCGGCUGGCGCGCGUCAGCGUAAGGGUGUUCCGGCACAACGACCUCGCGCACCUCGAGCGGCUGGCCAGGGAGGCCAUACAGGAGGGCAAGUGGACCAAGAUCGUCAUCAUGGUGGAAGGCGUGUACAGCAUGGAGGGGUCGAUCGUGCCGCUGCGGGGCGUGGUGGCGCUGAAGCGGCGGCUGGGGUUGCAGCUGUACCUGGACGAGGCGCACUCGGUGGGCGCCCUGGGCCCCCGCGGCCGCGGCGUGUGCGACCACCACGGCGUGGACCCCGCCGACGUGGACGUGCUCAUGGGCACCUUCACCAAGAGCUUCGGCGCCGCCGGCGGAUACAUCGCCGGGUCCCGGCGGCUGGUGCGCUGGGUGCGGCAGCACGGGCACGCGCACACGUACGCGCACGCCAUGGCGCCCGCCGUGGCGGCGCAGGUGCUGGCCGCCAUGCGCGCGCUGGCCGCGCCCGCCGGCGCCGCGCGCCUGCGCCGCCUCAGGGACAACACGCGCUACUUCCGCGCGCGACUGCAAGAGAUGGGCGUGGUGGUGUUCGGGUCGGAGGAGUCGCCGGUGGUGCCGCUGCUGGUGUACACGUUCAGCAAGAUGGCGGCCACGGUGGAGCGGCUCACGGCGUGCGGCGUGGCCACGGUGGGCGUGGGCUUCCCCGCCACGCCUCUCAACAAGGCACGCAUACGGUUCUGCCUGUCGGCGGCGCACAGCCGCGAGCAGCUGGACGCCAGCCUGGCGGCCGUGGAGCGCGUGGCGGACGAGCUGGGGCUGCGCUACGCGCGGCGCCGCGGCCCGCGCUAGCCCGCCACACGCAUAGCCUUAUUUAUCUUACGUUAAGUUGUGACUCAAUAAAUUAUUUUCACAA